AUGCCGGCAGCAGGCGCUGGAGGUGGACCGCAGAUUUCCAGGAAACGCUCCAGGUCGCAGAAGAACACUACUACGUCCGACAACAGCAACGUCCCACAGACGACACCGCAGGAGCUCGAUGGGGGCGAUAUCGCUGACACCACUUGCUCAAUCAGUCUUGACCACUGGGGAAGCCAGAUUCUCGAUGCGAUAUCCCAUGCCAAGGAUGAAAUCUUGUGUGCGACAACUUAUAAACCGGCCGUAGCUGCUGGCACAGCGCCAAUAUACUCCCCAAUCUCGCCUGAUGGGGCUCCUGUCUUCGACAAUUCAUCUGAGCAAUUGAAUGUCGCCCAUUCACAUUCCCAUCCGGCCGUGAGUGCAGGUACUGACAACACUCCGUCUAAUAUUGCAAAUGCAGAGGACAUUCUGCGUUGGGAGAUCUUUCAGGGCGAGCCAUUCAACCACUAUGAGCCUCCCAGCGGCGGCUUCUGGGGUAUGUACGAACCUGAACGAUCGGCGACCCAAAAAGCGAGCGCCGACACGUCGCUAGCCUGUCUUCAAAAGCUGAAGCAGCAAUUCGAACAGAAAUUCCUGUUGCACUAUCCCAUUGUCCGGCCUGCUCAUUUGAACCGCUGGAUCCGCAGCGUCGCGGAGAGCGGUGGCGACUGGAAUGCCGAAUCAUGUCUUGUCUUUCUAGUGUGUGCCCUGGCUUCGCUAUGCAGCUGUGGGACAAUGGCAGAUACAGUACAAAUGACCGACGGCAGUCCUUGGUCCACUAUGUCGCAAGGCAGAUCAAGUUUUAGCUCUGGCAUCGUUUCGCGAUCAAAAGCGAGCCAGUCCGCAUACCAGUACUGGACUAUGGCCAAGCGGCGUAUAGGUUGGGCCCUCGAUAAUCGUGGCGGGUUGAUAGGUCCACAGUGUCUAUGCCUAGCGGGAUUCUGGCAUCUCCAGAGUAAUGCUCCCUUAAAGGCACGGAAUAUGUUCCAACAGGCGGCGGAUAGUGCACAGACACAGUGGCGAUCUCUCCAUACGUCGGAGGACGAGAGAUCUCUGGCGAUCUUCCUUCAUCUUCUAAGUCUGAAUCAACAUCGGUGA